AAAAUAUAUCUUUGAAUGCAGUAGUUAAAUGGACGCAAGCAGGUAAACAUGGCUAAUCAGGCACCAACACCGAUACAGAGUUCAAUACCUUUUGAUUUAGAAAGAAGAAUAAGUGAACUAGAAUAUUCGUCACAUACAGGUCCACCAGAUGACUUGGACGACAACAGGAAAAGAUGGCUCGUGGUUGGAAUUUGUUUGCACAGUAUAUUAUCGCCAGCUUUGAGAAAAUAUGUGGACCCCGUUGUUACUAGCCUUUACAGCUCGCUAAAGAUAACUUAUCAGAUCGACUUACAAACACAAACAACACAUUUACGGACAUAUGGCGCAGCGAAUAUCUACCUCAAUUAUGAGGCUAUCAAUAACAACAAGGCAACCCAUGGUUAUCGUUCAGUUCUGUGGGAUUACAAAGUACAUAAUGCUGUAAAUCUGUCAAAGUUAUUCCUACCGACACACAUGGCACAUUACACAGCAUUUGAUGGAUCGUGUGAUUCAUCAGCUCUCCUUGGAAUGAUCGACAGGAUAGACAAGUUUCCUGGAAACGUGCAGAUAGCUGCAAGGAAUGUUAGGGCAGCUGUACGAAAUCCCUGGGCUCAUUGUAAUUUUAUAGAGUGGGAUUCAAUGAAGUACAAUUCGUCACUACAACAGAUUGAAGAUUUAAUCUAUCUUCUUAACUUAAAUGCAGCUGAAGAGAGUCAAUUCAUCGCCGAACUAAACAAAUGGAAGACAAAUGGUACAAGUUUUUUCCAAGGUUCAACAAUCGGUCUUGAAUUAGUCGAUGAAAUCCGACAGCAGAUACAAAUAUUAGUGAAAUAUGCGGAUGUUAUAUGCAAAUCAGCAGAUGCAGAGUUUUCAAGAGUAUAUGCAGAGCUCAGAGAAAUUGGAAACACAUUAAGUCAGACUGAUAAAAGAAUCUCAACUCUUGAAAAUACAUUAGCAAUACAAGGGAAAACACUUUUUGAAGAUGGAUCCUUAAAUGACGCCGAUAUACCCGAAAUGGAACUAUGGAAGCUGAAAAGUAAACUAUUUGUUGAAACAGACAUAGUCACAGAUAUUUUUAGAAUUCUGGAAACCCACAAUUGCUUACUUUUAACAGGAGUAUCUGGAAUGGGAAAGACCCUGACUGCACAGCAUAUAGCGUUCAAAUUAUUCGACGAAAAAGCGUAUAGUAUAGAGCCUUGCAUUAGUGUUAAAGAUAUCAAGAGGCGAUACAAGCAAAAUGUUGGUCAGGUAUUUUUUGUGGAUGAUAUAUGUGGAAAAUAUACAGCAAAUAUCAAUGAUAUUGAAAACUGGCUCAAAAUGGUGGAGUUUGUCAAAUGUAUUCUUGAAAAAGGCAAGACAAAAAUUUUAGCCACUUGUCGUACUGAAGUGUUUAAUGAAGAAUCUUUCAAAGAUGCAUUCGAUUUAUUCAAAAACGAUAUUUACGAAUUAACUGUAAAGUAUUCAUUUCAAGAUAAAAUAAAAAUAGCCAGUAAAUACAUGAAACAGGAUGAUAAAAUAAUAACAGAUAUUUUAGGAAAUGUUGAAUUCUCCCCUAUAAUGUGCUUCCUGUAUUCUCAGCAUGACAAGUUUGAGAUCAAUGAGUUCCUAAACAGUCCAUAUGAAAUAUUUCGAACGGAGUGGAACCAACUGAAAUCUUUCGACAAAGAAAAAUUAUGUGUAUUGUUAUUUUGCGUUAUAUAUAACGGCACCAUUAAUGAAGCCAUUUUUGAUGUUUCAAACGAUUUAAAUUCAGUUGAAAAAAAGAAAUUAAAAGACAUUUUUGAAUUUUGCAAAUUAGGUCGUGACACCCCUCGGUCUUUAAUUACAGCCAAACUGAAUGCUUGUGUGGAUACUUACUUUAUCAAAGUAGACAAAGAAUACAAAGUAAUACACGAUAAAAUGUUUGACUUUCUAUGCUUUUAUUUUAGUAAAGCAUUAAUCGCACCUAUUCUCAAAUAUGCAGAUGAUAAAUUAAUAUCUGAACGUGUACAACUUAAUUCAAUACAAAAAGCACAUGCUGAGUUUACAAUUAUCGUUUCUUCGACUGAUGAGCAGAAAUACAUAGAUAGAGUCAAAAUGGACCUUAAAAAUGGAAAAAUACAUUGGUGUUUGAACAAUGUGCAAAUGAGAUACAAAGAGUACAGAGAAAAGUUGUUAGAUGUUAUGAAAGAUUUAGAUGAUGACGUUAAAAGAAGAUGUAUUGAUAUCAAGGAUGAAAAUGGGAUUAACGCCUUUAUCAUUUCGUGUAUGCGUGGUUAUGAAGAACUUAUUGAUCUUUUUAUUUCUAUGGGGGCUGAUGUUAAUGCACAAAAUGGAUGGUUCACACCAUUGACAGCUGCGUGUCGAGAAGGACACUUACGCAUGGUCGAAAUCCUACUGCAUAAAGGAUCGAACAUAAACCAAACUAAUAAAAAUGGCGAAACACCAAUUUAUACUGCAUGUUUUGGUGGGCAUUACAGUUUAGCUAAACUGCUAAUAGAUAAACAUGCUGAUAUCAACAAAAGAAAUAGAUAUCAUCGCAAACCCUUGUACGUUUGUUGUUUGAGUGGUCAUGAAAGCAUAGUACAACUUUUGAUCGAUAAAGGAGCAAAUGUUAACGAAAGCAACGAUUCACUCAACGUUGCAAUCCAUGGCAACCAUGAUAAAAUAGUUGAAAAACUUAUUUCAAACGGAUAUUGUUUAAAUAGUGUCGAUAUAAAAAGUAAAACCGCUUUAUUCAUUGCCUGCGAAAUAGGCAAUACUACGAUAACAAAGUUGCUUAUUGAUAAUAAUGCUGACAUUUAUAAAGUCGAUGGUGAUGGUAGAACGCCACUUCAUGCCGCCUGUUGCGUUGGGAACAAUGAUAUAGUCAGAAUGUUGAUUAACAAAAAUGCAGACGUUAACAUGCUUGAUGUAGAUUUAGAAACACCUUUGCACAAAUCCUGUAGGAAAGGUUCCGUAGACGUAAUACUUACUCUAUUGGAUAAUGGUGCAGAUACUACAAAUACAAAUAAAGACGUGCACACACCUGUUCAUUUGGCGAAAACAGAGGGUAACAUUGUUAGUGAAAGCAUUUUGAAAGCUUUAGGGGAAAAUGAAGUAGGACCAAAUCAAGGUUCAAGUAUGGCAGUAAGCAAAAACGAUAAAUGUCAGAUUCAAAUCACGGCAUGUACAAGCAAUUCUGUAGCGGAUGGAUGGACUCCUUUAUAUGAGGCAUGUGUACUUGGAGACAUAGAAACUUUCCAAUGGCUUAUUAGAUAUGGGGCAGAUGUAAACAUGCAAACGAUCUCCGGUGAAAUGCCCUUGAUUGCCGCUUGUCAACAUGGUCAUGGUUUCCUAAUACAAACGUUACUAGACGAGAGAGCACAUAUUAAUCAAGCGCUAGUUUGUGCUGUUCAAAAAGAUUAUGAUAGAGCGGUUAAAAUUCUUUUAUAUAAAGGGGGAGAUAUAGGUUAUAAAAGUGAUGAUGGGAAAUCGCUCAUAAAACUGGCAUGUGAACAUGGUUCAAUUAAGACAAUCAAAAUUCUGUCAGAAAAAGGUGCAGAUUUUACAGAAAUAGAUGUAAAUGGGAGGACAUUGAUACACGUUGCCUGCAAUACAGAUAGCGUUGAAUUACUCCAGUUUCUAAUAGACAAGGGUUUAGAUCUUGGCAUACCUGACAAAAAUGGAAGAUAUGCGCUUUUUGUGUCAAUAUAUAAGGGGUUUUAUAAUUUAUCAAAAUAUUUAGUUCAAAAAAGUUGUCCUAUAACGAUAUCAGAGGAGGACACAAAAACAUUUUUGAUAUCCGUUUUUGAGAAUGGAAAUAGGGAAAUGUCAAAAUUGCUUAUAUCCAACGGUUACACAGAUAAAUUAUCACACUUUAAUGAAACUAUGUUAUAUCAUGCGUAUAAGUUAGGUAUAUAUGAAAAUGUUGAGAUACUCCGUAAAUAUGGGGCAAAUAUCAAGGACACAUAUAAAUAUGGAUACACUCCUGUGAUAUUAGCAGACAUUGGCGGAAAUGAUAUGCUAUCGGAGAAUCUACAAAAUGCAAUCUGCAGCACCGCGUUUAUAAGAGAUUAUUACAAAAGUAUCGGAAUAAUAUAUAAUUCAGACAAAGAGGUUGAUGGCAAGUUUAAAAAUGAUCGUAUUCGAAAAAGAUAUGAUCAUGAUACUGAAACUGAAAGUAGUUGGAAAUUGCAGCAGUAUGAAGACCUGUUUCAAGCAUGUAUGUUUGGAGUCAUAAAACCGCUCUUUCGUGGAAUGCUCCAAGAAAUGCAGAUUGAUAUUUUCUUCCAACCUAGAGAUCAAUGUGUAUCUAUUUGGUUUGAACAAACCCCCUUGUGUUUAGCAAUUAGGAGGGGACACACGGAAGUAGUCGAAUUCCUUUUAAGACUUGGCGCAAAUAUAAACCUGACUUUCGAAGAAUGGAGAACUAAGAGUGAUGUCUCCUUAUCCACGACUAUUCGAUACGGUUAUACUCCAUUGUUUGCAGCUUGUCAAAGAAAAUAUUAUGAAAUAGUUGAUUUGCUUAUAGAGAGAGGAGCCAAUUUAAACAAAGCGUUAUACGACGCAUGCAGAGAAGGUUAUUUGGACACUGUUCAAUUUCUUUUACAAAAAGGAGCGAAUGUUAAUUCAAUUACCCGGUAUGGUCAGACAGCUUUAUAUGGUGCGUGUAAAGGUGGAUACUCUACCAUAGUAAAAUUCCUGAUAGAUCAAGGAUCUGUUGUUGAUACACAAGUUCAAAAAACAGAUAUUUCAGACGAAAUAGCAUGCCUUCAUGCUGCAUAUGUGUGUGGCAAUCAUGAUAUAGUACAACUUUUAAUAAAUAGAGGUGCUUCUGUUGAUUCAGUUGGUAAUUUUGGCCGGACUUUACUACAUAAAGCGUGUAGUGACGGAAACGACAAAAUUGUUAAAAUACUUAUAGAUAAAGGAGUUGAUAUAAAUGCAUAUGAUAUGUACGGCUCUACACCUCUCAUAGCGUGUGUUUUGCAAAAUAUUGAGGAUAAUCAUGGGGAGUACGUAUUACAAAAUAUUGAGGAUAAUCAUAGGGAAUACGUAUUACAAAAUAUUGAGGAUAAUCAUGAGAAAUACUAUUUAUAUCGUCACAUGCAAAACUUUCAUUUAAACGAUUAUUUCGAUUAUCUUCAUGAAGAUUAUCCAUAUCAACUAUUAACAAAUGGUGUUCAUUGUGAGUUAGAAUUUAAACAUCCUUCCGAAAAUCACUAUAAAAUCAUGCAGCUGCUUAUUGAAAAUGGGGCCGAUAUCAACAAGGCUGAUAAGAGAGACAGAACACCAUUGUCUUUAUCUAUGAAGAUCGGGGAUAUGAAAUUGACUGAAAUGUUGUUACCUAAAAAGCUGUUACCGAUUGAAGAGAAAAAUGUGCAGGAGUGGAAUCAGGUUUCUAGAAAAAGGAGGAGGCGUAAUUCCAAAAAAGAUAAACAUUAUUGACAUUAAACGUGAUUUUUUGUUCAAAAUGUUAUAUUUUGCAUUUGGGGAAAUGGAGAGGGGGUAGAGUAAAUCAAUGUAAAUUAUAUUCAUGUGUUUUUCAAUGAAUAUAUUUCAUGUCUUCCAAGAAAAAGAAGGUAAUUGUCUGGGUGUUGCUUAUUCAAAAACUACCUUUAUCAAAAAAUUCAAAGUUAAAUAAGCAGAAUUAUCAGCUAGCUUAUCACUGGUUUCCCAUAUGACAAAACAAAUUGUAGAUCUGGAUAUAACUAUUUUUGGAAUGGUAAUUAUAAGUAAGGACAUUAUAUGAUGUACACAAUAUUGAUUUUUAUGUACAAGUUUGUUUCAGUACUCUUAUACUGAUAUAGGUAUGACAAUAUUCUUCUUACAGGUUUUGGGUUUGAAAAAGAAAAUGUUAAUAGUAAUGCAUGUCACAAUAUAUAAGAAUGAGACGUUAAACCUAUAGCUAAUUUCAAGAACACAAUCUGCUAGAAUGAACAUAUGUAAACUAGUUUUAAAUAAGGUGAAUCGAUAGCCCCAUACAUGAAUAAUUUUGGUUGUUAAUUUUGGUUUAAGAAAGAUAUUUUUCUUAUAAUCGACUAUAUAUGGUGGAAAAUAACAGAUUUUAUUUUUAAUUUACUUAAGGAUAUACAUUUAUCUUUUAUAUAUCACCCACUAUUUAUUUCGUCAUACUCCAAAAAGGAUAAGGAUAUAUUGAACAAGAUAUAAUUAGUUACAUGAUGUGCUAGUGACCUAAACCGAUAUAUGGUAAACUUUGUAACGAAUUUAUCUUACCUACUAUCUUAACAUGUGGGCUUUAGAACAGUGGCCUAUCAAAGUGAUGAAGUCUUCAAUACAUAGUAUUAAAAAUAUACUUCCAUUUGUCUAUACAAAAACAAAUCUAAAAAAUAACAACUUGUUAGCUUUAAAUGUUUUUUAUUAAUUUAUUUCAAUCGUUCAUCAUCAAUUUCUUCGUCUGUUGAAACCUUUCAGAUUUUUCCUCAACACCGUGUUGUUUUCAUAAAGAGACGAAACACCUCUACUAACCGUGUAUUGAAAUAAGCCCCGCCUAUUAACCGUAUAUAAAAUAUACAUGGUCUUCACGCGGUUGCUUUAAACGAACGAUAUCCCUAGAAAUGUAUAGGAGGAAAGAUAAUGAUAAAUACUCCACAAAGGGAAAUAGAAUUCUUGCUGAAGGGUUGAAUACACGCACAGCCACAAAAUCAUAUUAUAUUUUUAGUGAUAAAGAAAUUUUAUUCGCCACUUCCCGAUAAAAAUUUAUCUAACCCUCAUGUUUUAAGAAGAAAUAGCAUGGAUAAUAUAGCAUCACCUCGAGCUAUCAUUUAAAUGACCUCUGCAUACAGUCAGGUUCAAGAAUACGAAAAAGUCGUUCAACUGGUGACCUUCUUGGGCAGCUCACUUGUCACACAAGCCGAGGUAGUAGUGUCGUUAAUAAUUUUAUAACUUCUGAAAAUUCUGGGUUUUUUUUUAUGUCAUUUCACCUCUCUUUAGAAAGACCUAUUGAUUUUGUUCUGAUUAUUAUAAUAUUUUUUUGCUCUUCAGACACUUUUAUUUCUUUAUUGUCUCGCAAGACGUCACCUAGAUGAUUGGUGUAUAGUAUCGCACAGUUUAUAAAUGCGCCUAUAAAAAAAGACCCUUCUUUCAGUAGUCUUAAAUAAUGUAAUAAAUGGGCCUAAUUUAUAUUUUAUGCAUCUUAUAUACGUAAUUUUACUUAAAUUAUAGUAUUGAGCUUCAAGAUAUUUGUAAACUUGGUAGCACGUCAUCCCUACAUUUUUAGAAUUGAAAAUAAUUAGCGGGCGUAGGUAGGAGAUAAUUUUGACGAAGUAGAAUCCUGAUUGUUUGUAUUUAGAUAUAUAAUUGGAAGUUUGCUGCAUAUCAUGAAUGCAUUCUGGAUUUACAAUAUAUUUUAUUGUAUACGAAUAGAAUAUAGCAUACGAUCAUGUAACAUUGUACAUAACUUAUACCAGUAUUUAUAUUUAUAUUUUUAGUAUGAGGGUUCAAAUGACUGUGAUAUUGAUAAAUGUUAUAAGCAUAAUUAUGCUAUUGUUAUCGCAGGGUUAUUUUUCCCAAAUUUAUUAGUUAAUGUAAUAAAAAAAGAUGUCAAGAACAUGGUUUAUGGAACCCCUUAAAAUACGACUUUAGUAAAAUAAGACCACUUUGACCUUAGCAUAAACCGUCUUCUCUACCAAUUUAGACCUACAACAUGCUCGUGUGUACAAGCAGUAGAACAUAUCUGAGUUCAUAUUAGUUCCUAUUACUUCAUUCUUGGUGUUGGACUUUAGCUCCAACUUCGUUUAGUGAUUGUACAGCUAUUUAGACCACGUGUUGUAGACUGAUUUUCUUUAUAGUGAUACAUAAAAAAGGAAAUGCAAGUCUGUUUUUAGAUAGAAUCAGGUUUUGGUUGUGGCUGUGAUCUGUUCUGCUGUCUAAUAUAUUUUUUGACAAAAUGUGUCAUCCUUUUAAUGUAUUAUUUGAUAAGUAAAUUAAUGUAUUUGAUUUUCAUCAUCGAGCAUUCCAAAAACGCAACCAUGAUCAAUAUGUCACAGUGACCUACUAUAUUAAGAUGUAAUUAAAGUCAGACUG